AAAUGUAAUGAUAAAAAAAAAAAAAAAAAAGAAAAUACGGAGAAUUGUACUAAUGUAAAAACAUGGCAACAUUGAAAAUUUUAAAAAUACAAAUUUCAAGUUAAGAUCCCCCAGUUGUGUUUCCCCCCUUCUGUGUGUAAACUGGCCUUCUCACCGUUGUCUUUUUAUUUGAUCUAUUUUAUUUUUUUUUUUUUUUGAAUCUGUUAGUACGUCUCGACGCUUUGCGCUUGCUCACUCUGUUCAUUAAGCACUCCUCUUCCAAUCACGAUAACCGGCUUGCAUUCCCACUGACCUCGCAACUAGAACGACCCAAACCAAUUUCUGUGCAUACACUAAUAAAAUGUCAUUUCACUCUUUCAAAGCAUGGUAUCUGACAUUCCUAUAUUUUUAUUUUAAAAUACAAAUUGAGUGUCAUGUGGAUGAUCCGAAGUGGCCAGAAUGUGACGUGUCCAUCGAUACGGCAAUUUGUAUUAACAAUGGGCAAAAGAUCCUGUUGCCGGAGGCAAAACCAUAUGGCAUCUCCGCGCACAUAAACUUCGACAGCAUAUCUGCAGUAGACGCAACUGGCAACAGAAACCAUGCCGUGGGGAACUUUUUCGCCUCCACUGGAUUUGGCGGUAUCGGAAACUCUUCCCUGUUUAGGAAAAAUUAUAUUUACAUUCCCCAUUCGGACGAGUAUUUCAAAACGGUCGAUUUUUCCUACACCUUUUUUAUCUACCUACUGGAGGAUGAAUUGUCCAUAAAAAACAACGUAGAAGAAAUGUUUUGCCCCGUAAUCCACAAGGGAAUCAUAAAAGACAAAAUCCAGGAAUCCUCUCCAGCUAUAUUAAUAAAUGCAAAGAAUGGACGAAUUAAAAUCGUUUUGAGCACCUCCUUUAGCACGAACUCGGCCGGAGAAGAAUUUUUGAGCAAUUUCAAAUUAAGGCGUCACCAGUGGUAUCACAUUGCAGUUGUCAGACACAUAAACCACGUAAGACUCUUCGUGAACGGAAUCCUGGACUCAAGUUUUCUAACCGAAGGUCGGAUAACAAAAACGAACAACUUUCCGAUAUACAUAGGGGGGGCACCAUAUUCAGUAGAGUCUUGUGACUUUCCCUUCUUACUGGACGAAUUAAAAGUUUAUAAUUUGAGCAUCGGAGUGGACCACAUUCAGAGUGAAGCGGCAGCAACCCUAAACGGAGUAGAACCAUCUUUCAUCUACUUUGGUUGUUUCCAUUGCGAUAUUAACAAUGCUAUUUUGUCUUGUCCGAAUAAUUAUCAUUUGUGCAAUAAGGUGGAACUAUACAUAGGGGUUUACAAUGUCAUGAGGAAAUUCUCCCUAAAUAUAAAUAACCUUAUAUUGCCCUUCUCCCCCGAGAAUCACACGGGCAUAGGUGUGUGCUGUGCCGAUAUAUGA